ACACAUUCUUUAGUACAUGUAAUUUCCUGAGAAAACUUUGACAUCUAGCAAUAUGUAGUUUACUCCCAAUGAACUUUUGUUCACUCAGACAGCUAACAGUUGAUACUUCACUGUAAAUUUAACAUCAGAAAUUUGUUCAGGUCUGAGUCCCGCCUCCUCUGGCCAUGCUGGGGUAAGUGAUUGAUAAAGGAAGAACUGUUCACACUCCCAUUGUGUCGAUAGACCAAAGACAGAGAGAGAGAGAGAGGGCACAUCUAACAGUCCUCUGAUUCCAUUAGAAUGAUGCUGGAUCAGGUUGUUCUGUUAGCAGCUGUUACAGUGCUGGGGAUACUGGAACAAGCAUACUUCUCUUUAAAGGUAAUUUAUGCUCGGAGAAAGUACUCGGUCUCUCCUCCGGCCACAACUGGGCCACCAGAGUUUGAGAGGGUCUUUCGAGCCCAAGCAAACUGUUCCGAGUAUUUCCCCAUAUUUGUCUUCUCCCUUUGGGUGGCUGGAGUUUUCUUCAGUCAAGCUCUGGCAAUAUUAUUUGGACUGUUGUACCUUUAUGGGCGGUAUCUGUACUUCCAUGGCUAUUCAGAGUCCUCUCAGGGCAGACUGGAGCCUCUGUACUUCAGUGCAAAGGUGCAGUGGGUGCUGAUAGCUCUGGCUGGGCUCGGGGUGAUCUGCACCAUGACUCAAGCUUAUCUGGGUCUGGAUCUGCUUCACUUCUUUAGUCAUGUUCUGGGCUUGACUGAACACACAUAAAGACAGGAAGUGCUGGAUUUCUGCAGGAAGCUGAGGGCAGAGAUUGCUUAAAAAUGAAAGAAUCCCGAAUGACAUUGGUGACAAAAGCAAGUCAGAUAUGGAAACAUUAUAGAGGGCAGCUGUUUUUAUUUUUUAUAAUUGUAUUUAUAAUUUUAUAAAAUAGAUUUGUAUGUGUAUGUCAAAGUAUCAUAGA